CCUCGGCGGCAGGAGGAGGAGGAGGUGGAGAGGCGGGUCGGCAGCCGAAGCCGGGUAGUCAGGGGGGCUGCGUGUUUCCGGAGGACGUGGCGAACGGCUCCUGGCGCUCCUGAGGCGGCUCCGGCUCUUUCUCUUCGGUUCUUUGUCCGGCUGGCGCGGCUUUUACCGACAUCAUGAUUUCCCUCACGGAUACGCAGAAAAUUGGGAUGGGUCUUACAGGUUUUGGAGUAUUUUUUCUUUUCUUUGGAAUGAUCCUAUUUUUCGACAAAGCACUUUUAGCUAUUGGAAAUGUUUUAUUUGUGGCUGGGCUGGCUUUCGUGAUUGGUUUAGAAAGAACUUUCAGAUUCUUUUUCCAGAAACACAAAGUGAAGGCCACCGGUUUCUUCUUGGGUGGUGUAUUUAUCGUUCUUAUUGGCUGGCCUCUGAUAGGAAUGGUCUUUGAAAUUUACGGCUUCUUCCUCUUAUUCAGGGGCUUUUUCCCUGUGGUGAUCGGUUUUAUUAGAAGAGUGCCAGUUCUGGGGUAUCUGUUGAAUUUACCUGGUAUAAGCUCACUUGUAGAUAAAGCUGGAGAAAGCAACAACAUGGUAUAAUGAUUGACAAAGGUCCUGAAGAACUGGUCCUAAAUUUAUAUUAUUUAUAAAACCUUCAUGAAGAUCAAAUCAGUCCAGCACGACGAUUUUGUUGUAUACAAAGGCAACGUUUGAAAUGGUCUUUGAAGUAAGUUUCCAAUUUAUACCAUAGUAUACAGUAAACCUAUUUAAUAUUAAAAAACAAAACAAAACACCAGAAGCAAAUUUGCAACCUAAGACUUGGCAUUGACAUACCAGGAAUGCUGUGAAACUCAACUGGCGAAAAAGUCGUGGAAUGUUAAAACUUUUCAAGACUUCUUCCUGUUUUUGGAGUACAAGCUAAAUGCAGCAAACUCCCCAUGGAACUAACAGUGCCUGUCAUUUUUACCUCCUUAUGUCUGAAGUUGUAAUGGAGUGAUCAUGGGUCAGUUGAUAAGGUGUGACCCUUCUCUCUUCCUGCCUGCCAAAUUUCCUACUUCCUGCCCCUUUUUGGAAGAUCUUCUUCUCCCGACUGUUUGUCCUUUUGAAAGCAAGACGGCAUCGUUAACGCUCGAUUCACACGGCGUGUAAAAUGGAUUCUCAUUUUUAACAGUAGCAGAAGACUUCAUCACAUGGUUCAGCUGUAUAAAUCUCUCUGUAAAUAGACGCUGAAAUAAAUCUUUGUAGGAAAAAAAUGUUUCAAGCCAAAUGUAAAUUUUCAUUACCUAUAUCUUUACCUUUGGAAUAUGCAAAAAAAAACCUACAUUUUUUUUGUACGGAACUGUACAAAGCUGUCUUAAAACAUUCCUGUUCGAUUCGGCAGGAAACGGGAAAACUAAUUUUACACUCCUUUCUGUUAUUUCUCUUUAUCCCAAUGUCUGGUAAGUGGUGGAAGCAAGAAGUAACCUUUUCUCAUUGACUAAACUGUGUGCACAUAAUAUGUAGCGCCUGAAGUGAGUUGCUUUGCUUCGUGAUGUUCACACAGUUUAUGACACGGGAAUUGUCUAACUCGCCAAUUUGUGCAAGAGCAUUUCAAUCCCGAAUCUUGUUUCUAAUUUGGUUAUUUCUAGCCAACAAAGUUCUAAAACAUGAAGCAUCAUGAUUUGUUUACUGGUAAUAUCUGAGGCCCAGGAGCUAGAUUUGAAGCACCGAGCACUACUCCUAAUCUGAAGGAGCAUAGUUACAACUUAUUGUGUAAAUAACUUUUUCUAACCAUCAAAUAAAUCAAGUUGCUGGGAAAUCAUAUUGGUAGCCUUGAUCAAGUGGCACAUUAAUUUGUUAUACUUUGAUUAUUAGAAACGGUUCCUAUUGCUACAAAUGGCAAGAUUCAGAACCUUUAUGGAGAUUCACUGCAGUGGUCCCCAACCUUUGCAGCAUGGCGGCCCAGCUGGGUUCGAGGGGAACCAGGCCAUGUGAGUGGUGGGCCGGCACGCAUUCAGCUCUACUCACACAAGUGACACGUUGGUCCCAUGUGCAUACACAUGUGGCUUGACUGCAAGUUGAGCUGCCUGUACAUGCCUUUGCACAUUGGCCUGCUGAUCACAUCAGUUGAGCUGCACACAUGGGUGUGUGCGUCCGCCCGCUGCUCCCAUGGCCUGGUUGCAAAUAAGGCACAGCCCAGGGGUUGGGAACCCCUGUUCUACUGAACUGGCAAAAGAGAAAAUGUGAAUGACUUACACAGUAGGACAAUCACAUUGUUCCUUUUCUGCCAGUUCUUGCUGUGGUCCUCAGUCAUAAAUUUAUCCUGAUGUUACUUUUGUUGAAGCAGCAGGUUAAUGUAAAGCUGUCGGUUUGUUUCGAUCUGAAUGGUUCAAACAGCCAGACAAAUGCCAUCACCUACGAGUGAAUAAACGCUAAUUACUAAUACACAAGGAGGGGAACUAUUUUGUUCUUUGAAAAUGCACUGUGUUCUUCUUUAAAAGGACUUUUUGAUGAGACAAAUCAAUUUUGUAAAGCUGUGAAAAUCGUUUUUGAGUUGACGCUUCAGGAGACAUUUCUCCAUGAGCUUCCCCAUUGUAGAGGAGUUAGCAAAAAAAUAUUCCAUUGUGGAUCAUUCUGACGCCAAAAUAGAACACUCCAAUUUUGAAACAAAUGGUCCUAGUGUUCUGGAGUAGUCUGAUUCAAAAUGGGUCUGCUUUGAUGUUGGACCACUUCCAAAAACAUUUCGAACAUCCUGUUCCAGAGUUGCAGUAUUAUAUGAUGGAACAAGUGACGUGCUCCGGUUCCACUUCUUUGAUUUCAUAUUGGGAGAAGUAUCCCUUAGGAAAAAUGUUUUUUUUUCCCCUCUAAACCAGAGUUACGCAACCUUUUCGGCUUUGUGGAUCAGUUUGGGGGGAGGGGCAGAGGGGAUGAUCCCAUGAGAGCAGCCGGCAUACAUACAUACAUGCAUACAUACAGCUUCAUUUGCGCAAGUGGCGGGCAAGUGCACCUGCCGCUUGUGCAAAUGGAGCAUUUGCAGCCGUGUUUGCCCACCGCUCGUGUAACUCGGGAUGCGCAUGUGAAUGCUUGCCCACCACUUCCAUGGCCCUCUUCCAAAGGGCUUGAGGCCUGGCAGUGGGCUGGGGAUUGGGGAACCCCGCUCUAGGCAGUUGGUUGUUUUCAGUCUUAAAAUAGACGUAACUAAUCUAAUUGUCCCUACAACACUAGUAAAAUGGGAGCUUGUUUUAAAUUGCAGGCUCUGCCUCUUAGCUAUUUUAAAAAGAAUCCUGUUGAGUUGAAUAGGUCAUGCUCAAAACAUAAACCUUGGACAUCUUUGCUCUGUGUGCUCUAGUUCUCAUUUGAUAUUUUGGCUGUAGCAAAGAAUUUUUAACUCACUUCCACCUUGUAAACCGUUUCAGUUGUAGUUUGUGGGCUGGGAGAGAUGCUUUAGAUUUGGAGCAAUUCACAUGUUCUUAGAGCUAUUAAACUGGGUUUCAUCAGAUGUUUUUGCAACUUCAGAAGUCCUUCCAGAAGGAUCAGCCUGCCAAAUUCUCUCCCUUACAUUUUACAGUGAGCCCCAUUUUGAGUUUUUGAUUCUCCAACACGCUACCAGGUAAGAAAGAUCCUAAUGCAGUAGGAACAAAAAAGUUCCUAUUUCUUUCCUGUUUCUGAUUCUUUUCCAUGUUGUGAAGGUAGCAGAAGAAGACAUUGCUUCCAGUCAUUUCUGGACAUAAUCUCAUCAAAACAUUGUCAGACGUCACUGUUCAAUUAAUCAUACCCAUUCUGGCUAAGUUUUAAUUUAUUUAAAUAUAGGUGAGACAUUGGUUAAAUAGCAAACAUAGUAGUAUCGUUAUGCUCUAGAGCAGCGGUCCCCAACCUUUCAAGCUUGGUGGCCCGGUGUGUGGGUGUGCACGAGUUGCAGGUGCACAGAUGUGCACACAUCUCCACUUGAGUGAGCUACUUGCACCCUCCACUUGUGCGAAUGGAGCUGUGAGUGCAAGCACCCUCUGCUCGCACAAGCGGAGCUUCGCGCGCAUACGUGCGUUUGCUAGCUGCUCACGCGAGUGGAGCUUCGCCCGUGCGUGCUUUCUCAUUUCUCCCGCAUCCUCGGGAACCACGGCCCGGGGGCUGGGGAACCCUGCUCUAGAAAAUAACGCGAAGACAAUUUCCUUCUUACACUGUCCAGUUUGGAAGGCAUUCUUUCACUUUUCUGAGAUUCAUGUUAAAAUUCAAAACAUCUUUUUUUUUUUUAAACAAAAGCAGAAGCCCUGUCAGUUUUUAAGUCAGCAGAGUGCAAGCAUCAAGUACCACUACUGCUCUUGUUGUCUUGCCAGACUAUCCUAGAAAACCCUGUAGAGUUGCUUAUGAACCAAUGGAAGGUUGUAGGUGGUAUAAAAUGUUUUCACUUUCACUGUUAAAGGAAGGAUCCAGAGAAGUUGACUUGAUUUAAGCUAGUUUGCUGUGUUGUGCAGUUAAAGCACUAUUAUGUUUACGUUUAGGCAACCAGGGAGCAAAAUAUAAUCCUUGCAAUUUCUAAGACCCUACCCCUUAGCCUUUACAACACUAGUUUUUACAGAAUUGAUAUUGCGAUAGAUAUUUGAACGGUCCUUUAACCUUAAGGCUAUCUUAUGUUUGUAUACUUGGGAAUCAUUGUGCUGCACUACACUGAGGCUUAUUUCCUAGGGUAAAACAUACCUAGGACCGAGCCUCGUAUAUUGUAAUCAUUUGCAGAAAUAAUAUCUUCUGUAACAGAUAAGAUCUGCCCAUUUAAUUGUAAUUUUUGAUUGCUUAAAGACUCACAUAAGGAUCUUGUUUGGAGAAUAUAUUGUAAAUAUACUUGUCAUACCUUGAAUAAAUGGGUACUUUUUCUACUAA